UGUAAAUGGAGACGCCAUCUUGUUUUUAGUAAUGGAGGACUGACACAAACCUAAAGUUGUAUGGGAAGAAAAACAACAUAAAUACAGUGUUUAGGAUCCUUACACAGGAAUCAAAAUGGCAACACAGACACAAACUAUCAAGCGGCAAGCCGCUAGGACACACGAUUAUCUAUACGAUAAUCACUUUGUUGUGUCCAGCGAGAGGGAUCAUGCUCGUGCUACAUUUAAAGCCCAUACCGGCACGGAUAGGGUCAAACGUGUGCCGAAUUACACCACUAUGUUCAGUGAGCUCCGGCAUCAUCCACGCUUUCAAAUGCGAUUGGAUGUCACUGACCCUGUCCCAAAAUUUAUUUCCCGUCAAUGGAGAGGUUACGGGGAACAGCAGCGGGAUGCCAUGGUCCGCUACACAACAUUUAAUUAUGAUCCAUCAGUUGUUGUCCCAUCGAAGCACUUUGCAAAUGCAGAAGUAGGCGGCAAAAAUAGAUACAAAUUCUUUAAGAGACCAAUGAUUCCGUUCCUACAGCAGAUUCCUCCCGAGGUUAUGCUGGCUACUGCAAGACAAGACCCCCUGGCCGGUCCAGAUCAGCUACUGGUAGAAAGGCCCCCAACACCCCUCACCAGGACUGUUGAGGUCCAGACAGACUACCGGGACUCUGAGGCCCAGACAGACCCCUACACUCCCGAGUAUGUUGUCAGGCCAGGUUCGGCCCCAGAACUCCUCACCCUGGCUACACUCUCCUUCGGGCGAGGAUUACCAGCAGGUUUGGCAGAAGUUGAAAUGAUCGAGCGUGCACGAGCUAAGCGAGCAUGGGAGGCAACUCUACCACCUCUGAACGACGUAUCACAACUCGACAAACGUCGUCGAAUGAUGGACGAGAUGGAAAGGAAAGAAUGGGCACUGAGGGAACAGGAAAUUGAAAAGUUACAAGAAGCCAGACUGGAAGUAUUGAAGGACCUUCUGAAGAAGAGGGAAGAAAACCAUCAGGAGCUGAACAUAAAACGUCUCGACAAAAUCUGGUCAAAGAAACAGAAAGAAAAAGAAUCGAAGAUAAAGAAAAUAAGAAAUGAACACAUAAAAACGAUACGAAAGCUAACUGGCAAAAGGAAGCAGGUUGAAGGAAAGCUGGAACGUCGCGACGUUAUCCAGGACUUCUCCAACUACGGGUCUCAAACCUACGCUCCUCUGACGCGUAUUGGGAUGUUUUUGGAUCGAGGAUCGGAGCAGUAUGUUGUUCGGAGUCGUCAUAUCAACACUUAUCAAGGCCUGAUUGAACUUGAACAAUCUCUGCCCGACUUCGUCCUCAACCCAAGGAUCAAAGCACCCAAACCCAAAACCGUCACAAAAGCUGGUUUCAUCAAACGCAAAUACAGGAAGCAGCGUGAACUCAUGGACAUGCAUGAGUCCCUCAAAGCUGAAAAGGCUAAAGGGGAAGAGGAACCAAAACCGUUACGGUUCCUCCAGAAAAUAGAAAAGCCGAUUCCCCGUCCGCCAACACCAGCUGUGGAAGUCCCGCCUGAGCAACAAAAGAUGGUGGAGGAGGAAGAAGAAAAGGAGUUGGCCAUUAUCUACUUACAGAAGGUCAUUCGGGGUCGUGCCAUACAGAACAUGAUAUUUGAGGGGAAGGAGAAGAGGACAGAACUGAUCAAGGAAUUGAGGAGUACCCAUGCUCUACAAGACGCGGAACAGAGCCUUAAACACCAAGAGAAACAGGCCACCCUCGCACUGCAGCGACAGAGGAGACUGCACGAACACAAGGAAUUCCUGGUGGACGAGUCGAUGAGUCAGCUCGAGGGAUCGAGUAUGGGCGACACCUAUGACUUCCUCAGCAAAGAGUUGAUUCGCCUACAGGAGGAGAGGAGGAUUCAUGCCUUCUCCAUGCUCGCGGAGCGUCAGCGCAGAAUCAGGGAGGCUGAGGAAAGUGGGCGUCGUCAAGUGGAAGAGAGGCGAAGGAGAGAGGAGGAUGAAGUCUUCAAACAGGCGGUCAAAGUUCACCAGAUCAGCGUUGAUACGUAUCUAGAAGAUAUCAUUCUGGGCUCUAUUGACAAAACUGCCGACAUUCAGGCUCGCAGCGAAAUCUCGGAGAAGGCGACGAUGAUUAACGACCUUGCUUAUGAAAUGGAGGACAAACGGACAGAGCUCCAGUCGUCGGAGAUCGUGGCUGAUCUUGUUCACUGUUUCCUCAUCCCAGAGGUACAGAAACAGGACAUGCGAGAAAAAGUGAGGAGAGAUCAGAGAAGGUACCUGGUGGCCGCUCACAAGCAAAUUGUAAAAGACGGAGAUGAAAUUAUUGACAUGAACGCCAAACCACCAAAAACUGCCCCAAACACUGCAAAUGUAGUUCAAACUCCGUCCCAGGAGGAACAGAAAUAAACUUGUAAUUAACUGAUAUACUGUGAACUGUCUGGAACUGAAAUCAUUCUGUUGUUCAAAUAUGGAUAAUAGUUUUAGUUUUCUCAAAAGGAGACUUCAUUCUGUCGAAAUCCUGUUUCAAUUUUGGAGGGUUUUGGAUGAGAAAAAGGGAGAGAACUGCGAAUAUUAGCGCCUUGAAAGCGAUUCCUACCCUCUUGGCUUACACCGAGAUUGUAAUAUACUUAAAUAACUAUUAUCAUAACAUUCGUUAAAUGUUAUGAAAUGCAGCACAUACAAAGAACAUAGCACCUGUUUAUGAUGUAGUACAGUAUUGAUUGGGUUUGGUAUGGUUCUGAUGGGUCAAGUUAGCAUAUCAACCUCCAAUUAUUUCAUCCAAAUUUUUUACUAAGAUUUAAAGUAAAAAUGUUAAUAUGUUCUAAUGUAUUUUAAAUCUCAACAUGCACAGAACUUUGUAUGAGAUGUAAAAUUACAAUUCAGAAGUAUUCAAGAAUCAUUUUGGUGUAGAAAUUGUCAAAAAUUUCACAUUUUAUGCUUUGAACACAAGGGAAGUAAUAGAGUAAUACAAAUGGGACGUAAUUCAGUAGUGCUCCGUUAUCAAUCAAAAGGUUCCAUAAACUGGGAGUUAAAUGGGACUUAUUGAAAAUUGCAUUGUGAAAUGAAAGCUGGAAAUUUUGAACAAGUUCCUGGUUGGUUUUUGGAAAUUCUUAACUUCACUGUCAAUAUCCACUUUAGCCAACAGUUUUGUCAGAUUAUAAAAAAAAAAGUAAAAAUAUGAAAACAACUUAUAAAGAAGAAUAUUGGUUUGGUUAUAAACAAUUUUUUGUGUGUGCUUUUUUAUGUGAAUUGUUGAAUGACUUUUUCACAUAUGAUACGAAAAUACACUCCAAAGAAUAAAAAUAUUGACAAUUUGAUUUUGAAGCCGUGAUCUCUACAAAUGAUUCUAGGGAUUUGUACAGUGCUUUAAAGAGAUAGAUUGGUUUUAUUGACCAGUAAUAAAAUACCUGUGUUUAUAUUUUUAUUUGUCAUUGAGUGUGUUAAUGUUGUGUUACUAAUGCCCUAGAUCUGUAUUCACAACCUGGGCUGUAUUCCGUCCAUAAUGUUAUUUAUGAAUUCAAGCCACAUCCUCAAUUUUAGUAGAUAUAUUAAGCUAACCCGGACCCCUCCCGGCUUCCCAAUUUUCCCCUCUUUAUUAGGAGUAGUCAAUACAGCUUGCAUAGGUAUAUAUUGGGUUUGAUAUACUAUCAUCCACAUCAUCUAUUUAUGUCACGUUUUUCUUCGUUCUAAUGUUUCAAGUAAAACCAUUCCACGAAUGCUUGAAUAAAGAUCAAGAAUGUUGAAAUAAUUUGAUAGCAAAAAACAAUAUUGAGAUGUAUACAUCACUGCAUUCAGAAAUGUUAAUAUUUUUUUUAUAUAUUUUAUUGAAAUUGUGUGUAUAUAUGUAAAUAUUAUUAUAACUCUAUCUGUGAUAAUGGUAUCUGUGGAGAUACUAUCUUUAAUAAAACAAUUUUGUACAUGAGUGUGCAGACAAGCCUACUGAUGUUUGAAGCCGCACACACUCUGUAUUGUAGCCAACAGCUUUGUGACGGGUCUCCUAUCACUACAGGCUGUGGAUGUACAAACCUUCAAUAAAUUAUGUGCAACAACCA